CGCCAGUGCGCGUGUGCACACGGCCGCGCCUGCUCGGCCAUGCAGCGUCCCUGUGAGCCCGCUGUCCCUGGCCCGCCGGCUCAGGUGUCUAUUAUCCUCCCAGUACGCAACGCUGAGCAGUGGUUGGAUGAGUGUUUGAGGUCUGUUUUACAGCAGGACUUUGAAGGCACCAUGGAGCUCUCUGUUUUUAAUGAUGCCAGCAAGGACAAGUCUAUGACCAUCAUUGAGAAGUGGAAAGUAAAGCUGGAAGAUUUUGGCAUUCCUGUGGUCAUUGGAGGCCAUGACUCUUCUUCUCCUCGAGGAGUUGGAUAUUCUAAAAAUCAAGCAGUCGUACAGAGCACAGGGUCUUACCUUUGCUUUUUGGAUUCAGACGAUGUGAUGAUGCCCCAGAGGGUGAGACUACAAUAUGAAGCUGCCGUUCAGCACCCAACAAGUAUUAUAGGGUGCCAAGUGAGGAGAGACCCCCCACACUCCACAGAACGAUAUACACGUUGGAUCAACCAGCUGACGUCAGAUCAGCUGCUGACGCAGGUGUUCACCUCACAUGGCCCUACAGUGAUCAUGCCUACAUGGUUCUUCUCUCGAGCCUGGUUUUCCCAUGUUGGCCCAUUUGAUGAGGGAGGACAGGGGGUGCCAGAGGACAUGCUGUUCUUCUACAAGCACCUCAGGAAGGGGGGCAAAGUCUUCCGGGUGGACCACAACCUGCUCCUCUACCGCUACCACCUACAUGCAGCCACACACUCUGUUCUUGAGACGACCAUUUGGACCCACCGUGUCCACUUCCUAGAGGAGCGGGUCCUACCCCUCUGGGAAUCCUUCACCAUCUGGAAUGCAGGCAAGCAGGGGCGGAGGUUGUACCGCAGCCUGACCACCACCAGCCAGCGCAAGGUGGUGGCCUUCUGCGAUGUGGAUGAGAAGAAGAUCAGGAAGGGCUUCUACUGCUAUGAGGACUCCCAGGAAAAACCCAAGCCACAAGUCCCCAUUCUGCACUUCCAAGCAGCCCAGCCACCCUUUGUCAUCUGUGUGAAGCUGGACCUCACAGGGGGUGAGUUUGAGGACAACCUGAAGACACUGCACCUGCAGGAGGGCCGGGACUUCAUUCACUUCAGCUGAGGCUGAGGCUGAGGCAGUCUCCUCAGAAGACGCAUGCUGUGUCCUAGCAGACUGGACAGCAGAGCCUUUCCCAUGUGUGGCUGCACCAAGUGACCUCAACCAGGUUUUUACCUGGGACAGAAAACUCUGCAAGUCUAAGAAGAUGCAUAAAGCUGUAAUGAAGUAUGAGCCAGAGCCUCACACAUGCCUAGGCCUCUUGCACAGUGCUCCAGUCACUGUUACCAGGUCAGCAUAAGGAGAACAGAACCUAUCGUAGGGCCUAGUGGCUUAAUUCAGGUCUAGAAAGCAAUAAAAGCAGUAGUAUAGCACACUGUCAAGCCCAGCUCUGUAGGAUGCAAUCUGUUAAAAUGAGCAAGGAGAUUGCCAAAGGCCUGGGCUUGUAACCCUGGUGGCUUCACCUCUGAUGUGGGAAGUAUCUCCAGUUCUCCAGACAUAUCUGUAUAUAGCCUCAGGCCCAUAAAAACAGGAGGUACUCGCUGUGGGGAUAUCCAGCCAGCCACAUGAGGCUUCCUGGGCACUGUCCAGCAGUCCUGCCAUGGUAUAGGACAUAGCGCAAGGCCCAUGAGGCAGGAAUAGGGCUACCACAGAAGGACAUAGGUACACAGGCCCUGGACAGGAGAACCUCAUCUUAAGAUGCAUGGGUGUCCACUUUUCACAGGUGUGAGAAAAUGCAAGAUAAAGGCCCAGGCCUCAGGGCCAGAGAAACCUCCCAUGUUGCCACAGGGACACAGCUGGUUCCUUGCUUAGACCUCUGUGGGAGGUGAGCUGCCAUCUGCCCAGCUCUCUACACUAUACCACCAGUGCUUGACAACCAUGAUACACCACACAAAUCACUCAAUGGCUACAGCACAGGAGAGAGCAAGCCUAGCCCCUAGUACUACAGGAUGCCUCUGGAGGGAGGGAGUCUAAACCACUUGCAGCCCACAGUGAGUCUUCCCAGUUCCAUUCACACACCAGUCCCACAGACAGACAAAGGCUGAACCAUGUGGUACAUGAUUUAAUGGGAAGUACAACUAUAUUAAGGAAUGGUAGAAUCACAGACAACCCCAGCUAACAGAGCACUGCACACAUGAGGAAACACUGCCCUCUGGUGAUAGCCUCUGAGUCCCAGCAGCAGGUGUCCCAGCAGAGAGAGACCUUAGGCCCCAUGGCACCAGGUUUCUAUAACCUGUAGCUUGCAGCAACACCUCAGUGCGAAUGUUCCAGCAGAGUUGGCUAAGGGCUCCGCUCCCAGGAGUAACUUUAGUGCACACCAGGCUGUGGAAAAACAUGGAAAUGUCAUGCUGGUCACUAACAGACACUAAGCCACACUGUGCUGUGUCUCAGACCCUGGAAGCCUGAACCCUGUGGUGAUAGCUUUGUGGCAACAUUGCAUCUAGUAAAAGUAGAAGGUUACUAAACUGCUCUACUGCAUGUAUAUUAAGUUUUCUUAAUAAAAAAAAAAAAAGCACACUUUACUCAA